UCACAUACAGCUUACGUUUGGUGCUCCUUCACCAGCAUUUUUCUUACAUAGUCCACUAUUGUUACAUCCAACAUGUCCGGAACGGUGGCAUCUGAGUCAGCUCAAGUGGCUAGCAUGGAUAUUGAGGUUCAGGCUGGAAGCGGUGGAGACCAAUGUUGCGCUUGCUGUCGCACUCCAAACUGCAAAAAUCGUUGGGCGUUACUGUUGGAAAUCCUGGGAAUCCUCGGGUUGGCAUUCAAUCUAGCAAUGCUUGCUGAGGUCGACGACAUUCUGAAAUGUCCCUUUACUACUUGGAUCUACUUCAUCGGGAUCGGGAUUUCUGGCUUAUUCUUCAUUCUCACCGCAACCCGCCUGUGUGGAUAUGAAGGGUUCUUCAACGCCCAUCCUGUGUGGCGGGCUUCUUGUUUAUUGUACACAUACUGUACAGAUGACUGCGACGGAAUGACAGAAUACAGAAAAGAUGCCUUUAAGGACUUGCACGUCUUGGCCUACAUCUUCCUGAACGUCUUGAUCCCAGGUGAACUUAUUCCUCUCGCUGCUUCCUACAUAGACGAUAUCAACGGCUAUACCAAAGCGGUGGGGCUGAAGAUAGAACACCCAGCUGCUCUCAGGUUAGCCAUCAUUGGUCGCCCUUUAGUGGCAAUCGCGCAGGUAAUUCUUGCCGGCUAUAACGUCUAUGCACAAGAUGGCUGCAGCAAGCUCUUUAAGGGUCUUCUCGUGUUGGGAAUCGUCUAUGUCGUCGUUCUUGGGAUCCUGUACGGUAUCGCCUUUGGCCCCGUGUUUGACGAUGGGUGUCCGCGAUUCUUCAAGAAUGAAACGGCCACGACUAUGAUGAUGGAUGAAACAAGCGAAUUCUGA